AUGGUGAAGAAUCCCAGAGAGCAAAUAAACGCCAUAGCUUUAAGAAGUGGGAAGACAGUUGGCAAAACCCAGAAGGAUGACAAGGAAGAUGAUGUGGCCGAUUUGCAAAAGGAGACUGAAGGGAGUACACCUAAACUGAAUUUAGAUUCUAUUAAACUCCCUAUCCUCUACCUUGGAAGAAUUUUGAAAGUUAACUUGGAUAGACAAUUUGAGAAGUUUUUAGAUAUGCCAAAAUAUGCCAAAUUCUUGAAGGAGGUGAUAUCGAACAAAAGGAAAUGGGAGGACUGUGAGAUGGUGAAGUUAAACAAAGAGUGCUCAGCCAGUCUUCAAAAGAAAUUGCCCCAAAAGCUUAAGGAUCCAGGGAGUUUUUCUAUACCUUGGACCAUAAGAAAUACUGAAUUCGAAAAAGCUUUAUGCGAUUUAGGUGCUAGUAUAAAUUUAAUGCCUUAUUCUAUUUUUGAAAAGCUUGGACUGCAUGAACUAACAUCUACAACUAUUACCCUACAACUAGUUGAUCGAAGCAUUAAAUAUCCUAGAGGAAUAGUAGAUGUUUUAGUCAAAGUGGGUAAUUUCAUCAUUCCUGCUGAUUUCAUUGUGUUGGAUAUGGAGGAAGAUAGGACAAUGCCGUUGAUUCUAGGGAGACCCUUUCUUGCUAUGGGUAAUGCUUUAAUUGAUGUGAAAGAUGGUCUACUUACUCUUAGAAUCAAUGGUGAAGUAGAUACAUCAAAAUUAGAAGACACGUUGAAAGUUGCACUUAACAAUAGUCCUAAUCAAUUGCAACAAGAAGAGCAGAAGUUUGUACUGAAAUCAGAACUGCGAAAUUUGACUUCUGAGCUAGACUCUUUUGAAGUUACAACUCAUAAUGCAUCUUUUAUUAGUUUACCUCCAUCUCACACAAAACUCCUCCCAUCUAUUGUGCAGGCCCCUAUUCCAGGAUUAAACCCACCCAUGAAGGAUGAGGGGGGGAAAUAUCGGAAGUUAAAAACCAGGUGGAGUGGACCCUUUGUAGUGGCUAAGGCAUUCCCUCAUGGAGCGAUUGAACUGCAUAAUGGUAAGGGAAACACAUUCAAGGUAAAUGGGCAGCAUUUAAAGCAUUAUAUUGAAGGAGAGCAACCCAUCCACCAUGGGUCCAUUCUCUCCUUGAAACCGCCACGAAAAAAAAAGGUGAAAGUCAAGAUCACAACUUAA